AGUUUAAUAAUGAGCUUUGCUCUGCACCAGACCACCAUGACAUUGGGCCUAAUGCUAUAAAUAAGGAUAGAAGUCAAGAGACCUUGCCUUUGGACUCAAACCCAAUGAAUAACUACUCCCAGAGCCCCCCAGCGAGUAGGAUAGGGGACAGAACCAUGGAUUCCAUUAGUGAGGUCAGUUUCGAAGCAGCACAAACUAUAUACGGUGAAGAUAGAAGACUACCAGAUAGUUCUCAAGGACUGUAUCUCACCCUCAGCAAAGCUCCAAUCAACUUUGAUCGCCUUCAAAAUUUAAAGGACCAGCUCCCAAAUGUCUUUUCCUCCUGAGGUUUGCACCAAAAUUGCUAUCAGCUUGAGGGACAGCUCCAUGCACAAGUCACAAUUCAGCAUGGAGAGAUGAACAACCAAGCAGCUAAAUAAUAAAGAAGUCUCUGUAAAAAAGAUACAGUCUACUAUUUAAAAUUAUCUGUUGCUUAUUUAAUAUCUGCAAAUUUUAUGGCUGUUCAACCUGGUAUUUUGUAUAAACAUGUCUAGCAGUGAUAAUUCAAAGAAUUUUAUCCCUAGGAUUACCCAACUUGAUGCUUUGUUUCUUGACAGAGAAGCAUAUUCACUAAUAAAAGAUCAGCUGUUAAAAACAGUAAAAUACAUCGGUCAGGGGUUGUUAACAAGGUUGGAACCAGAAAUUAGUGCAUCUAUUCAUUAUUUCAUUUUAAGGAACACAGUUCAGAGAGCAAGAAGUUCAGUAGGGCAGCAGCUCUUGCAGAUUAGGUAUGGAGAAUCAGUGGCUGCAUAUAGGCUUCAGAGAUAUGUCCUGUGUCUUGUACUUGGAAAAUGGGCAAAAUUGAGAGCUGGGGAUAUUGCCUUUGCUUUAACGAGAAAUGAUCAGACAAAACUUAAAGCUAGUCAGGUGGUUAGCUUCCUUGAAAUUAUAUUCAAAAUUUCUGAACUAGUCAAUAUACUAGUCUUUUUGUUCCAGGGAGUGUAUCCAUCCAUAUUGCAGAGAAUUCUGGGGUUAGAACAAGUUUCUUCUACCCCAGAAACUGUAAGAAAGAUAUCCUAUAGUUACUUUACAAGAGAAUUACUGUGGCAUGGUUUUGCAGAACUUUUGGCAUUUAUUUUGCCUCUUAUCAACAUACAGCACUUCCACAAUUUCAUGAGGAAACUUUUGCCGAGCUCUAGUGAAAAUGAAUUAGAUGGAGAUGAUAUUCCAGUUAAGUUUGGCCUAGAUACCACUUGUGCUGUCUGUAAUAAUCACCCUGUUCUGCCUCAUUCCUUUGGAUGUCAACACUUAGCUUGUUAUUACUGUAUCCACUCAUCUUAUGCUAUGGACCCAUCCUUUACAUGUCCAUUGUGUAAUCACAAGGUUGAAAAUAAAGUCCAAAUUGUACCUGCAUUUAUGUCAGUUUAAGGAAUAUCAUGGUGUUGCCAGUCUCAUACCUUAGAUGUAAGUCAAAAUAGAAUUAUUUUUGUAUAUGGGUAAUAAAUGUGGCUAUAUAAGGCAUGUAUAAAUACUAUAGUAAUUUGGUUCUUGUUCAUCUCUGUUUAUACUGUAAGGUACUUGUAAAAAAACUGCAGAUUACUCUAUAUUUAAUUGUUAUGUAUUCCAAAAUUUUUUAUGCAUUUCAGAAAAAUCCCAUGUGAUGCACUAUACAUAUGUAGUCAUUACUUAAGGUUUUGCAGAUCAUGUGAAGAUUAGUGAACCCAGGUUGAUUUUAAAAAAUAUAUACGCAUAUACAUAUACAGUGGAACCUCGACAUACGAAAGUCCCAACUUACGAAAAAUUCAAGUUACGAAAGCAAAGACGAAGAUUUGUUUGCCUCUGCAUACGAAAAUAAUUCAGGUUAUGAAAGGGUGUUACUGUAAAGUCCCGAGAUUUGCCUGGACCACCGAGAACAAUUUUAAAACUUGCGCGCCUCUAACUCUGUAGACUCGCCACCAUCCUCCCACUCUCCCAUUGGUUGCAGAUGCUAGUCACGGCCGUAAAAUCCUGCUCUCCUAUUGGUCAGCAUCUACCCCAUCAUGCUCUAUGUAAAGGCGUCGUUCGGCUACUCCGUCGCACCAGCGUUAUUGUACGCACGUAGAAUUCAUUCAUUCACAUAUACGAUUUCAUUUGUUAACGUAAAUUCGUGUUAGUGAUUUCGCUUUUGUGUGAGAAUUUAAUUAUUAACUUAAUUAUGUACGUAUAGUCAUGGGUCCCAAGAAAGUUGCUGAAGUUCACGGAAAGAAGAGGGUGCUUUCUAUGGAGACAAAGAUGGAGAUAAUCAAGAAGUAUGAGGCUGGCAUGCGGUUGGGUGUGAUCGCUAAGGAAUACGGCCGAAAUCCGUCGACGAUAGGCACCAUCCUUAAGCAGAAAGAAGCCAUCAAAGCAGCUACACCUUCCAAGGGCGUGACUAUUUUGUCCAACAAGAGGAGCCACGUGCAUGAUGAGGUGGAGAGGCUGCUUCUUGUAUGGAUUGAGGACAAAGAAAUCACUGGCAAUACAAUAACCAAGACGGCAAUCUGCCAGAAGGCCAGCGCUAUUUUCGGUGAUCUGAUUGCCCAGGCCGAAGACGAUGGAGGAGAAGGGACAUCGAUGGCAACCCCAGACUUUAAGGCUUCUGGGGGGUGGUUUGAUAAAUUCCGUAAACGGACUGGCAUCCAUUCGGUGGUGAAGAAAUUGAAAUUUUGUAAAAAAUGUAAAGUAUAAAAAAGUGAAAAAAAAGAAGUAAAAAUCAAAAAGACAAAAAAAAAAGAAAGAAAUUUAAUUUUAAGUUUUUUGUAAAGUUAAGUGUUAAUGUUUUCUGCUAUUUGUUAAUGUGUUUCGUAAAGUUUAGUGUUAAUUUUUUUUGCCAUUUCUUAACGUGUUUUGUAAAGAUAAGUGUUCAUGUUUUCUGCCAUUUGUCCUCCUCCUCUGACUACAUACGUAUGUACAUACAGUAUUUCUUGUACCAUGUACACUAAUGCACAUUAUUUACAGGUAUGUAGUACAUAGUAGUAUAUGUAGUUUAAGUUAGGUAUUGAAUGGUCCAAGUUGUUGUAUUUCAUUGUUUAUUGGUCAAUUUAGGUUUAUUAUAAAAUUUACUGGGGUGUUUUUGUAGGGCUUGGAACGAAUUAGGCAAUUUACAUGUAAAAGUGGUUCAAAAUACAAAAAAAUCAGGUUACGAAGGCCACUUCGGAACGGAUUAAUUUCAUAUCCUGAGGCACUACUGUACCUGAAAAAUGGAGAGAAAGUAUAUUAAUCCCAAUAUUCAAAGAGAAAGGGGACAUUCAGUGUUGUGAAAAUUACCGAGGAAUCAAGCUCAUGUCACAUACAAAGGUAUUUGAAGGAAUUAUAAAUGAAAGUUUACGGCAAGAAGUCUUCAUCAGCAGACAGCAACUGGGAUUCAUGAAGGGUCUAAGUACUGUGGUUGGUUUUUUCACGCUGAGACAAAUUAUGGAAAAGUACAGAGAGAAGCAAAAGAUCUUGCAUAUGGCCUUUAUAGACCUUGAGAAGGCAUAUGACAUUAGGAAAUAUGGAGAUGUCUCAGGGAGAGAGGAGUGAUGGAGAAGUAUUUCAGAAUGAUCGAGGAGCUGUAUAGAAAUGUAGGGACCAGUGUUAGAUCGUUGGAAGAACAGAAAAUUUCCAAGUUGGAGUCGGGCUACAUCAGGGAUCCGCUCUGAGCCCACUUCUGUUUAAUAUUACCUUGGAUGUGUUGACGGAGGAUGUCAGGGAGGAACCACCAUGGUGUCUGCUCUAUGCCGAUGACAGUCUUGGUAGCUGGAAACAGGGAAGAACUGGAAGGGAAGCUUGAAAGAUGGAGAUAUGCCUUGGAGAGUAGAGGUUUAAGGAUAAGCAGGAAAAAGACAGAAUAUAUGACAACCGAAUUGGGUGGCGACCACCAAACCACAAUCAAAUUAGGUGGAGGAAACAUCAAUAGGGUCCACAGAUUCAAGUACCUUGGCUCAGUGAUUGACAAUGAGGGGAACAUGGAAGAGGAAGGUGUCCGGUGUCAUAUGUGAUAGGAAAGUCCCUAUAAGAUUAAAGGGCAGAAUGCACAAGGCAGUGGUCAGACCAGCAAUGACAUAUGGAUUGGAAGCAGCACUACUAAAGAAAACAGAAGGCAGUAAAUUGAACGUAACCGAGAUGAGGAUGCUCAGAUAAGAAAUGAACAUAUUAGGGGUACAGUAAAGAUCACUGAAGCAUCAAAGAAAGUGCAAGAGGCAAGGUUAAGAUGGUAUGGCCACCUGAUGAGAAGAGAAGAGCAACACAUGAUAAGAGAAGUGAUGGACAUGGAGGUGGAUGGAACACAAAGGAGAGGAAGACCUAAGACCAGGUGGAGAGAUUGCAUUAGAGAUGAUAUGAGAGUAGGAAGGUAGAUGUAAGAGACUCAUUAAAAAUGGCCAAUCCGAUUAGGAAUAAAGCUGGGAAGAAAAAGAAUAUAUAUGUAUAUACAUGUUGUAUAUAAAUAAUAUGUAUAUUUUUUUUUUAAAUCAAAGUGGUAUAAUAUUAUCUUGAAAAAUAGUGGGUUCGCUAAUCUUGACAUGAUCCAUUUUUGCAGCAUCCGUGCUCAUAGCCACAACCACUUUUUAACUUUACUUUACAUCUCUUCCCACUUUCUUCCAUCUUGCUGUCCAAUCACUCCAACUCCUUAUUUCACCUUAGGUACUGAAUGGCUGAAGUUGCCUCAGUUCUCGGCCUUUUAGCCAAAUUUUCACAAAAUUAACUUUGAUCAAUUACACAUCAGAAAAAUUGAGUAUUGUUUUACUGUAUAGACAAUACAUAUUUUUGGGCUGCUGCACAUGUACAUAGUUUUUUUCUGAAUUUUGUUUAAUUUACAAAUACUAGGUUUAAGCCUUAUUUUAAAUUGAUUUUCUCAGAAUCAGAAGAUUAAUUCAUUAUACAGUGCUGUACUACCUAUAAUUCCUAUAAGGCAGUCCCCGGGUUACAACGGGGGUUCCAUUCUUGAGACGCGUUAUAACCCGAAAAUUGUCGUUAGCCGGAACAUAAAAAAUCCUAAGAAAAUCUUACUUUUAAUGCUUUGGGUGCAUUAAAAGCUAUGUAAACUGAAUUGUUAUUGCAUUUUUCAUAAAAAAACCUUCAAAUAUUAAUUAUUUUGCAUUUUUGGUGUUAUAUUUCUUCUGCCAGAUGAGCAUUGUAGGCGUCGUAACCCUGGAAAUAAUAUCUGAUGAAUAUAAUUGAAAAGCGCCUUAACCUCGGAACUUUGUAAGCCGAACCCGUCGUAACCCGGGGACUGUCUGUAGUUAUUGAACUACAGAUGCUCUUUUGGAUAAUUGCUUUUUAGUUGAUGACAAGAAGAGUAAGGUCGGAAAGGUUUAAUAAAUUUUUCACUCUC